CUCACUUCGUUUGAUUUAUUUGUGAUUUUUUGCAGCAUCCACUACCCUGAGACUUGAGAAGUAAUUUUAAGGUGUUAGACAGUUACAGUUUAGAAAACAAAGUGGUUAGAACUUGAAACCGCGGAAGAUUGUUGUUUAAUCAUUGAAUUGGCUCUGUUUCGAUCAAAAUUCUGCGUUCGUCGAUAAAGUAUCCCAUUGGAGUGAUCAUAAAAAAUGAAUCCUUUCAAUUACAAUGGUGGCGUGUGUGUGGCGAUGAAAGGGGAUAAGUGCGUCGCGAUUGCUUCUGAUCACCGAUUGGGAGCGGGCCGUCUCACUGUAGGCACGGAUUUCCCUAAAGUCUACGAGAUGGGACCUCAUCUCUAUCUGGGGCUUCCGGGCCUCACAACGGAUUCCCUCACUGUGGUGAACAAAUUGAAGUUCCGAGUGAAUUUGUACGAACUGCGGGAAAAUCGCAAAAUCCAUCCUCAUUCCUUCAAAGCCCUGGUGGAGACGUUCUUGUAUGAACGAAGAUUUGGGCCAUACUUUAUUGCUCCGGUCAUUGCUGGUCUUGACGUGGACACUGAAGAGCCGUUUGUGACGGCCAUGGAUUUGUUUGGUGCGGGCGAGAGUAAUGAGCCGUUUGCCGUCGCCGGGACUGCGGAAGAAUCGCUGCUGGGGCUUUGCGAAGCUUUAUGGGAACCAAAUUUGAAACCGGAUGAUCUGUUCGAAACCAUCUCACAAGUCAUUUUAAACGCAGUGGAUUUCGAUUGUUUAGCUGGCGCGGGAGCCACCGUGCAUGUAAUUGAGAAGGACAAGGUGACUACUCGAACGAUCAAAACAAGGAUGGAUUAAGGGUUUUUUAUAUUGAUAUUUUAACUUGAUUAUUGAGUUAAGAAAAUUAAUUUACUUAAUAUUCGGCUGUUAAUAAUAUUCGGCUUACUACUUAAACCGUGGGCUCUAGCUCGUGUACACGCACUUUUCCAUCGAUUUUUUCUUUCGUUGUGUUUGAGUCCUAAGGAGCACUGGACGUUGUGGACAGCAAUGAUGUAAUCGAACAAGAAAUGCUCCGGCUGAAGAUCUUAAGAAUGUGAAAGAACCCUGUGGACGGUAAUCAUGUAAUCGAACGAGAUAAUGCAUAGCUGAAGAUCAAUAUGAAAUUCAUUAAAUU